ACAAAUACAGAUAGUGUAGAAAAAUCCAUACUCACAUUUGAUAUAUUUUUCCGUUUUGGUUUGCGUGUAGGUUACAGCGAUUAUCUUGCAUCAUGCCUACGGGGAGAUCGUUAAAAACAAUAAAUAUUCAUCUACCCUCGCUGACUAACCGGCCGGCCACAACUGGGCUGUACGAAGUAGGUCUUCUAAUCGAUUUGCAUGCGUUCAUUGACCAAUAUUGACCUCGAACUAUCGAAACCGGUUUCCUGUAGUCAGUGAGUCUGGCUUGGCUUGGGCAGCUGAUCAGUAUCAACAUUGCGUGACAUUAGGGGAAAUUUCGACUACCAAAGGCACCUCAUUCACAUCCAACCGAUAGCGUUCUUCUUUUAGCACAGUCAGUGAUUUGUUUCAAUCAAUGACGACGCGAGCUCAUCGACCACAAUAAGCGAAGAAACUAGUGAAAGUGCACGGAGGAAAAUCUUCUGACUAAUCGUCGAAGCACAAAGCCCCGUGGAAAGUGACAAUUGACGACGAAAUCGACGAGCGAAAAAUGGAAUGGUCAUGGUUGAGGGAUUGGUGGCGAUUGAAACGGCCCAAACGUAAACAUCGUCGCAGUAGAACGGUCGUGUGCGUUGGAGAAUCCUGCGGUGGAAUGGCAGGACCAUCAGCCGCCGCGAUUCGUAGUGAUGGAGGGGAGAACAGUGCCAGUGGUGGUGAUCGGAAUGCAGAUGGCGAUUUGGAGUUUUCCGAUGCCCACGGUUGGGGCGAAAAUGGUCACGAUGGUGGUUGCUAUGGCGAGGAAGAGGACGACGAUGACGAGUUUAUCUGCUAUUGUGACGAAUGUAUGAAUGGUGACCUCGAGUCCACCGAUGGGCUCGAUUCGGAUGAUUCGUCCACGACGUACAAGCAGGUGGUGGUGGCCGUCUGUGCCAUGUCGAAAAAGUCCCAAUCCAAACCGAUGAAGGAGAUCCUGACCCGGCUGCAGGAGUUCGAGUACAUCCGGAUGAUCGUGUUCAGCGAGGAGAUCAUCCUGAAGGAACCGGUCGAGAAGUGGCCCCUGUGCGAUUGCCUGAUAUCGUUCCACUCGAAGGGCUUCCCGCUGGAGAAGGCCAUCCAGUACGCCCAGCUGCGGCAGCCGUACGUCAUCAACAACUUGCACAUGCAGUUCGAUAUACAGGUAGACCGAAGGCGUGUCUAUUCCAUCCUGGAGAAGGAGGGCAUAGAGAUACCGCGGUACGCGGUUUUGGACAGGGAUUCGCCCGAUCCGAAGCAACACGAACUCGUAGAAUCCGAAGAUCACGUCGAGGUGAAUGGGAUAACGUUCAAUAAGCCGUUUGUGGAGAAGCCUGUGUCGGCUGAAGAUCACAACAUCUACAUCUACUACCCUACGUCGGCUGGCGGUGGAAGUCAACGGUUGUUCCGGAAGAUUGGCAGCCGAAGCAGCGUCUAUUCGCCGGAAUCGCGAGUCCGUAAGACGGGAUCGUUUAUCUACGAAGACUUCAUGCCGACGGAUGGGACGGACGUCAAAGUUUACACCGUCGGCCCGGACUAUGCCCAUGCCGAGGCCCGUAAGAGUCCGGCUCUCGAUGGGAAAGUGGAACGGGAUAGCGAUGGCAAGGAGGUCCGUUAUCCGGUCAUCUUGAGCAACGCAGAAAAGUUGAUUUCGCGCAAGGUUUGCAUGGCCUUCAAGCAAACCGUGUGCGGAUUCGAUCUGCUGCGUGCCAAUGGGAAAUCGUUUGUCUGUGAUGUGAAUGGGUUUAGUUUCGUAAAGAAUUCCAACAAGUACUACGACGAUUCUGCGAAGAUACUAGGCAAUAUGAUACUGCGCGAGUUGGCACCGACUCUGCACAUACCGUGGUCGGUUCCGUUUCAACUGGACGAUCCGCCCAUAGUUCCGACCACGUUCGGGAAGAUGAUGGAACUGCGGUGCGUUACGGCUAUCAUCCGGCACGGCGACCGGACGCCCAAGCAGAAGAUGAAGGUCGAGGUGAGGCAUCAGAAGUUUUUCGAAAUAUUCGAAAAGUACGACGGCUACAAAUAUGGGCACAUCAAGCUGAAACGACCGAAGCAGCUGCAGGAGAUUUUGGACAUUGCGAGGUCUUUGCUGUCGGAGAUUCAAACCAAGGCUGCCGAUUCGGAGAUCGAAGAGAAGCAGAGCAAGUUGGAACAGCUGAAGAGCGUCCUGGAGAUGUACGGCCAUUUUUCCGGCAUCAACCGUAAGGUUCAGAUGAAGUACCAACCCAAGGGGCGUCCCCGUGGAUCGAGUUCUGACGAUGGUAAACAUCAUUCUAUAGAUGCCCCGAAGGAACCGUCCCUGGUUUUGAUACUGAAAUGGGGCGGUGAGCUGACGCCAGCUGGGCGCAUCCAGGCGGAAGAAUUGGGAAGGAUCUUCCGCUGCAUGUACCCCGGAGGGCAGAGCCGGGACGGAAAGGAAGCUCCCGGGGCGCAGGGAUUGGGUUUACUGCGCUUGCAUUCGACGUUUCGGCACGAUUUGAAAAUCUACGCCUCGGACGAGGGCCGUGUCCAGAUGACGGCAGCUGCCUUUGCCAAAGGUUUGCUCGCACUGGAGGGAGAACUCACUCCGAUCUUGGUGCAGAUGGUCAAGAGUGCCAACACCAACGGGCUGCUGGACAAUGACUGUGAUUCGAGUAAGUACCAAAAUAUGGCCAAAUCGCGACUGCACGAACUGAUGCAAAUCGAUCGCGAUUUUACGGUGGAGGAUCGCGCAGCGAUCAACCCUGGCAAUGCCAUCAGCAUCAAUUUGGCGAUGGAUUUUGUUAAGAAUCCGGUCAAGUGUUGCGCACACGUCCACUCGCUGAUUCAAUCGUUACUGGGGGUCGUCGCCGUGAAGCGGGAUGACCUCAAAACUAGAGACGCGGUACUGUAUCAUGGAGAAACUUGGGAACUGAUGGGUCGGCGGUGGGGAAAAAUCGAGAAGGAUUUCUGCACAAAGAACAAAAACUUCGACAUUUCCAAAAUUCCGGACAUCUACGACUGCAUCAAGUACGAUCUGCAGCACAAUCAACACACGCUUCAGUUCGAUUUGGCUGAAGAGUUGUACAUCUACGCAAAGUACUUGGCCGACAUUGUGAUCCCACAGGAGUACGGUUUGACCGUACAUGAAAAACUGACAAUCGGACAGGGUAUUUGCACGCCACUGUUGAAGAAGAUCCGCGCCGAUCUGCAGCGCAACAUUGAGGAAGCUGGAGACGAGAGUGUGAAUCGACUGAAUCCCCGCUACAGCCACGGAGUAUCCAGUCCGGGCAGGCACGUCCGAACGCGGUUGUACUUUACCAGCGAAAGUCACGUCCACUCGCUGUUGACCGUGCUCCGGUACGGCGGACUGCUGAACAUCCUGACCGACGAACAGUGGCGCAGGGCCAUGGAAUACGUUUCGAUGGUCUCCGAAUUGAACUACAUGUCGCAGAUUGUGAUCAUGCUGUACGAAGAUCCGACCAAAGAUCCCUUCUCGGAGGAGCGUUUCCACGUGGAGCUGCAUUUCAGUCCCGGGGUGAACUGUUGCGUGCAGAAGAACUUGCCGCCCGGACCGGGCUUCCGGCCACACAGUCGGAACGAUUCCGUCACGUCCAAAAAUGCGAGCGGCGACGAAGAAAGCACCUCCCGAAUCGACGAGGAAAACGACACCGAGGAGGAAAAUUCCAACGGUUCCAGCCAAACGAUGUCCAAAGAAAGUUCUUUUUCCAACGCCAGCAAAAACAAGGAAAAGAAGCUGAGAAAGGUCAAAACAUCCGAGCCCAUUCCGAUCGGAUCGUGCCAUACCGUUUCCGGACACGAAGCCAUGGACCUGGCGAAGCGACUGAGCGAAGAGCUGGCCGCCCAGCAGCAGGCCGGCAACCAGCGGCCCAUCAGUCCGGACGAACCCCGCGCCGCUCGAUCGUUCGAGCAUGGUGGCAGACACAGCCGAAUGAAAGGCCAAACGCCAUCUGUCAAGUCCAGCACGGAUCCGAUCUUUGAAUCGGCCACGAACGAACUUCCGCUCUAUUCGAUCGAUUUUUCCCAAAUUCCCAAAACACCGGAGAGCAACAUUCUAGCGGAUCGGGUUUACAAUACGAACUCGGUUGCCUCCAUCUGCGACGAUCGGUCUCGGAUGUCGAUAGCGGCCACGAACGAGCGACCACUUUCCUGUCAGAGUUUGUUCAUGCACGAGUCCUACUCGUGUGACUCCAUCAGCGAGUUCACGCCCAACCUAGCCGAUCAAGAGCUGUACGUCUCGUCGUUUUCCGAUACAGACUCCGAAACGUCCCGGUACUACAGCGCCUGUCAUGAUUUGGACCCCUUUCACUACAGAUAUCCCCUAAGCAGUCGGGCCCUGUCCUACACCUUUUCGAACGACCCGGAACGUGACAAUCUAUUGAUGCCGUUCAACGGUUAUAGCUACAAGUCGAUGCUUUACUCAUCGACGCCUCUCGUUAGCAAAAGCUUCGAUGAUUUGGAUUACUUGACAGAUGUCGAUACGCCUGGUAUCCUCGAGAACGGUUCCACAACCACCCUGUUGUUUAACGUGAAGCACAAUGGUUUCAGUGUUCCCAGCCCAAAGUCUCAAUCCCAGACGAUCACGAUCGUCUUGCCCAAACCAAUUUUCACCCCCGAUCAUCUGGCAUUGUAUCGAGUAGCCAGCGAUCCGGGAAUUCCGAUCCGUAGCUCUGUAACCCCCACCAGGGAUCAAUCUGAUUCGGGACCCUCAGAAUUGACUAACACUAACCCCAAGCAGGACACUGUCGCGUUCGUUUCUCUGACCACACCGCCACCUGAAGAAGGCACGUGUGAGCCAGUAGCCCUGGAUCACGACUUCCAAUCCCUGCUCGAUAGGAUUUUUCCGGUGAAGAGUUUUGAAAAUUGUGCCCCCGUUGCCAGUAGCAGUAGUAGUGAUAGUUUUCCCGCUACCACACUCACUUUCCCCACUACAACAACUACAACAACUAACAUCAGUAGUAACAGUAACCUUGCACCUAACCGUAAACCUCAUUGUUCGAAAUUCGUCAAAUCGUACACCACAGACAGCAGCACGAAUCCGUCCGGAGGCGGCAGUGUUGCCGUUGGUGGUGGUGGUGGUCCCGGUCCGUCCUCCCAUGGUUCGUCCCAUUCGUCCACCAGCGGCGGCGCAACCGUAAGACGUCAACGACACAGCAUUGCCGGCCAGAUGAGCUACUUUAAAAUGCUAGGGGGCUUCGGGAAAAAGAUGGCUACCAGCACCAACAGCUUGUUCAGCACCGCGGUCAUCAGUGGAAGCUCGUCGGCGCCGAAUCUGCGGGAUAUGAUUCCAAACACGGCCUCGCCGUCAGCACUUGAAGGAUUCGGUGGGGUGCCUCCGAUUCGACCGCUGGAAACCCUGCACAAUGCCCUGUCGCUGCGCCAGUUGGACAACUUCCUGGAGAAAAUGACGACCGGGCCGCUGUUCAAGACGCCCGCCUCGUCACCGCCCAAGUACCCGUCGACGCCGCUGCCCACCCCGGUGCCAAGUCCGGCCGCCAUUCCGGACUCUGCGGCCCUGCCGCAGGCGAGCUGGAGUGGUCAUUCCAGUAUGACCAGCAGCAUCAGCGCCAUGUCGAGUGGUGGCCCUUCGUCGCCCAACUACAGUGACAUGUUCUCCCGUGGAUGUCCCAGCAGCGAUAUGUCGGCCAGCAUCACCAGCAAUGAUGGAAGCAUCGCACUGGCUGCGGGCGGCGGAGGAAACCGCGACGAGUUGCCGCAGAUCUUCCCCGUAAUCGACAACGAUUUGAACGUGCUGGGGUCGCAUUUCAACUACGAUCAAUUGGCAGCCAGUAUCAAUCUGGAAAGCCCGGCCAAGAUACCCCCGAUCAGCAAGGAUGCAACUCUGGACAUCAGUGGCGAUCUUACUCCCAUCAGUACCUGCUCGGAUUGGGAGUUCAACACCAAUGACGCCACGAAGGGAUCCACCAACACCAAUAACGAUCUGACCGCCGAAGAAGACGACGAAGACGCCACGAUAUCGACGGACACGUGCUUGAGCACCGGGGAUCUGGCAAUCGCCAGCAUAGGUGAGGAUUCGUUCGCAACUCAAAAUCCUAACCUUGCGGCGGGCUGCACCAGCAGUGGCAAACAGCUGCAAAAGGAACUGCUUUUCGAUAUCAAAAACGUCCGUUACGAACUGUCCAACCUGCGCAGUGAUUUGCCUCCUCCGUCGACUUCAGCACCUUCAAUUGCCGUGACGGGAUCAUGCACCGGUGGAGCAACUCCCAAGAUCGACAACCGCUUUCGCACCAAUCGCAUCCAGAAGCAGAUCAGCUUAUAUGAGAAGGAUUCGCGAACCGAACCGAAGAAUCUGGUGCACGAGGUGGAGAAAUUCGGCGAACGAGCUUCGAUGGCACUCAAGCGAGCGACAUCCUGCAGCAGCGGUGACCACCUAUCGUCAUCCGGCGGUCGCUUACACAUGUCGUUCGAUGAACUGCAGAAAGACAUUCCCAACAUAGAGAAAAACCUUGCCAGCAAGCUGGAGAUGGAACAGGAGAAAUGUUCCAAAACGAGUAAAACCAUGUCGGCUCGUUUGAACAACAACCCAACAACGCCGGGAGCGCUGGUGAUACGGGAAGGGUUCAUCGAACCGCCGCGAAUCACCAGGGUGACGAAGAGUUUCCACGGUAAAACCGAUUACCACCAGGUGCAAGUGAACGACAUUGCCCGACGGGCCAGUGACAUUGUGCGGCCUUCGUGUUCGACUACGGAGCUCGUUACGCCACCGGUGGAUUCUUCCUGUGGAAGAGAUUCCGCCAAUCGGUACAACAAGAAUCAAAUUAGGCAGAAUAUCAAUGCCAAUUCAAUUGGUGCUAGGGAAGGGGGCUCAGCUGCGGGGUCAGCUGGUGUAGGUAGAUUUACGACGUUGAUUGUACCGGAGACGGACAGUGUAACGCAAAACGAUAGCGGUGGCAGUGGUGAUGCAGGUGGGGCUUCUAGGCCGUCGGUGGUACCCGGAAGGGAGUCAAUUGUUGGUGCUUUAGAUUUAGAGGAAGAGAGCAAGGAAGCCAAUCAAUAAUCGAUGGAUUCCCACAAGUAGUGAUCGAUGUUACAGACGGUGUUGUUCGGAUUAGGAAAGAUGAAUUGAGUAUUAAAGAGACAUUAUUUAUUCUAUUCU